AAACCAAAACGCAAAUUUGUUUGGCGUUGAGUUUUUUCUUCAUGUCUAUUCACUCGAACUCCCAAAUUGUAAUUUUACCUAAACCCCGCGCACAAACCUCAGUCCAGAGUUCGGAUAUCAGAGAACGACCUCCUCCUCCUCCACGACCACCGCGACUGGCCCCCACUUACUCUCUCACUCUUCAAUUUCCACCGCCCGUUUUCUCUGGCCGCAACGAAAUGGCUCAUCCGCCGCACGAUCCCUACUACCUGCAGCAGCAACCACCGCUGCCGCCACAGCAACAGGAUUACAGUGACCGGAGUGUGAUCAACACGCUCUUCGUCUCAGGCCUCCCCGACGACGUCAAGGCGCGUGAGAUUCACAACCUCUUCCGCCGUCGCCCUGGCUUCGACUCUUGCCAGCUCAAGUACACCGGCCGCGGCAACCAGGUCGUUGCUUUUGCUACGUUUUUCAAUCACCAAUCAGCAAUGGCAGCUCUGCAUUCGUUAAAUGGUGUGAAAUUUGAUCCUCAAACUGGUUCCCUGCUGCAUAUUGAACUGGCCAGAUCAAACUCAAGAAGGAAGCGUAAACCAGGUAGUGGAGCCUAUGUUGUUAUAGAUAAAAGAACUAAAAAAGAGGCUGAUACCCAAGAAACAUCUAGCGAUGAUGGAGACAGUGAAACUGAUGAACCAUCUGAAACUGAAAAUAAUGAUUCUGGCGACAAGACUGAAUUAGAGACUACAAAGAGCGCUGAGACGGCAGUGGAUUCUGACAAUGCUGUAGCUACGGUAAAUGAGCAAUCUGAAAAGCAUGUUGAUGGAGGACCAUGUUCCACUCUGUUCAUUGCAAAUCUAGGUCCAAAUUGCACUGAAGAUGAACUGAAGCAAGUUCUAUCUAAGUACCCUGGAUUCAAUGUGAUCAAAUUGCGUGCUAAAGGUGGAAUGCCAGUUGCAUUUGCUGAUUUUGAGGAAAUUGAACAAGCCAAUAAGGCCAUGGACGAACUUCGUGGCAGCUCGUUACCAUCUUCAGACAGGGGUGGCAUGCAUAUAGAAUAUGCAAGGUCUAAGAUGAGGAAGUCGUAGGAGAAAAGGGACUGAGGUGACAAUAUUCAAGCAGUUUCAUGCACAUGUUGAUUCCGACCGUACUGCAUCUGAUAGUUUUCUAAAUCCAUCUUGGCUAUUACUGUACACCCAAGUCUUAUAUCAAUUAUGAGUUUCAAACUCCAACAUUGUAAAGCUACAAAACAUUCCUUUGUAUUGAAAUUUUUGCAGAAUAGUUGUUGAUGUUUGGGUAAAGACUUCGUUGUUAUCUCAUAAGAGUUAUAAAUUUGCAGUGGUGACUUGAACUUG